AUGGGCAAGAUCGAGAACAACGAGAGGGUGAUCCUCAAUGUUGGGGGCACCAGGCACGAAACCUACCGCAGCACCCUCAAGACUCUGCCUGGAACGCGCCUGGCCCUUCUCGCCGCCUCGGAGCCCCAGGGCGACUGCUUGACAUCGGCGGGCGACAAGCUGCAGCCGUCGCCCCCUCCACUGUCGCCGCCGCCGCGACCGCCCCCUUUGUCCCCCGGCCCGGGAGGUUGCUUCGAAGGCGGCGCGGGCAACUGCAGUUCCCGCGGCGGCGGCGGCGGCAGCGAGUUCUUCUUCGACCGGCACCCGGGCGUCUUCGCCUACGUGCUCAACUACUACCGCACCGGCAAGCUGCACUGCCCCGCCGACGUGUGCGGGCCGCUCUUCGAGGAGGAGCUGGCCUUCUGGGGCAUCGACGAGACCGACGUGGAGCCGUGCUGCUGGAUGACCUACCGGCAGCACCGCGACGCCGAAGAGGCGCUUGACAUCUUCGAGACCCCCGACCUCAUCGGCGGCGACCCUGGCGACGACGAGGACCUGGCGGCCAAGAGGCUGGGCAUCGAGGACACGGCGGGGCUAGCGGGGUCCGACGGCAAGUCUGGCCGCUGGAGGAGGCUGCAGCCCCGCAUGUGGGCCCUCUUCGAAGACCCCUACUCCUCCAGAGCCGCCAGGUUUAUUGCUUUUGCUUCUUUAUUCUUCAUCCUGGUUUCAAUCACAACCUUCUGCCUGGAGACACAUGAAGCUUUCAAUAUUGUUAGAAACAAGACAGAACCAGUCAUCAAUGGCACAAGUGUCAUUCUACAGUAUGAAAUCGAAACGGAUCCUGCCUUGACAUACGUAGAAGGAGUGUGUGUGGUGUGGUUUACUUUUGAAUUUUUAGUCCGUAUUGUUUUUUCGCCCAAUAAACUUGAAUUCGUCAAAAAUCUCUUGAAUAUCAUUGACUUUGUGGCCAUCCUACCCUUCUACUUAGAGGUGGGACUCAGUGGGCUGUCAUCCAAAGCAGCUAAAGAUGUACUUGGCUUCCUCAGGGUGGUAAGGUUUGUGAGGAUCCUGAGAAUCUUCAAGCUCACCCGCCAUUUUGUAGGUCUGAGGGUGCUUGGACACACUCUUCGAGCUAGUACUAAUGAAUUUUUGCUGCUGAUAAUCUUCCUGGCUCUAGGAGUUUUGAUAUUUGCUACCAUGAUCUACUAUGCUGAGAGAGUAGGAGCUCGACCGAAUGACCCUUCAGCUAGUGAGCACACACAGUUCAAGAACAUUCCCAUUGGGUUCUGGUGGGCUGUGGUAACCAUGACUACCCUGGGUUAUGGGGAUAUGUACCCCAAAACAUGGUCAGGGAUGCUGGUGGGAGCCCUGUGUGCUCUGGCUGGAGUGCUGACAAUAGCCAUGCCUGUGCCUGUCAUUGUCAACAAUUUUGGAAUGUAUUACUCCUUGGCAAUGGCGAAGCAGAAACUUCCAAGAAAAAGAAAGAAGCACAUCCCGCCUGCUCCUCAGGCAAGCUCACCAACCUUUUGCAAGACAGAAUUAAAUAUGACCUGCAAUAGCACACAGGGUGACACCUGUCUGGGCAAAGACAACCGGCUUCUGGAACAUAAGAGAUCAGUGUUAUCAGGUGACGACAGUACAGGAAGUGAGCCGCCAUUAUCACCCCCAGAAAGGCUUCCCAUCAGACGCUCUAGUACCAGAGACAAAAACAGAAGAGGGGAAACAUGUUUCCUACUGACGACAGGUGAUUACACGUGUGCUCCUGAGGAAGGGAUCAGGAAAGGAUAUGAAAAGUCCCGAAGCUUAAACAACAUAGCGGGCUUGGCAGGCAAUGCUCUGAGGCUCUCUCCAGUAACAUCACCCUACAACUCUCCUUGUCCUCUGAGGCGCUCUCGAUCUCCCAUCCCGUCUAUCUUGUAA